AAUAACUAAACCAGUGACGGAACCCGCAUUGCAUCACAGAAUCAAUUCCUGGCCAGUGCACGCGCGCCCCAGGCUCUGCCGGCUUAAUUACUCCUUUACCUAUCAGCGCGUGCAGAGCACACUAAUCCGGAGCGUUUAGGUGAUGCAUUAACACCGACAAGUGUGUUUUAAGGGAAGCGCUUGGCUUUUUUGAAGUUUAGCUUCCAGUCCGAGGCGAAUUGAGAGACGAGCAAGAGGCAUCAGCAACAGGGCACUGCCAAUUCACCGGCGAGGACAAUUACACACAAAGUAUCCCGAUCGUCUAGACGAACAAUUGGGACCGAACGGCACUGACGUCAUUACUCGAUACUGAUUGCGUUGCUCUAAUUGUGUGGGGAUUUCUUGCAUUUUUGCGUCAUUAAAUGGAGCGGCGUAGGUGACGUUUGGACUGUUGCGUUCAAGAGGAGCUCUUACCAAGACUAAAAGCCGGCGCGGAAAAAUAUGUAUGGACGCUAUACACAGGAGUUGGGGGCCUAUGCCAAAGAAGAGGCAGCUCGUCUGCGUGAGGAUGGAGCGCUACGGAGGACCGCCAGUGUGCGUGGCCAGGCUCCAGAACUGCUGGAGUAUGAGAAGGACCCGUGUGCCAAGUGUCAAGUCUGUACAUCACGGUGUCAGAAGUUCUUGAUUUCCCGUGUGGGUGAAGACUGGAUCUUUCUCAUCCUCUUGGGGCUUCUCAUGGCAUUGGUCAGCUGGGCCAUGGACUACACUAUUGCCUUCUGUCAGCAAGCACAGAAGUGGAUGUAUGGUGGUCUGCACAGUAACAUGUUGCUGCAGUACCUGGCCUGGGUCACUUACCCAGUGGUUCUCAUCACCUUCUCCGCCGGCUUCACGCAGAUACUGGCGCCACAGGCAGUGGGCUCUGGGAUCCCAGAGAUGAAGACCAUUCUCCGAGGUGUGGUGCUGAAAGAGUACCUCACUUUCAAAACCUUCGUUGCCAAAGUGAUUGGCUUAACUUGCGCCCUUGGAAGUGGCAUGCCUCUGGGCAAAGAGGGACCAUUUGUUCAUGUUGCCAGUCUGUGUGCUGCUCUGUUGAGCAAAUUCAUGGCCUUGUUUGGAGGAAUCUACAUGCUGAAGGAAGAGCCCUUUGAGGGAAACAAGAACGAGCUGAGAAACACAGAGAUGCUGUCAGCUGCUUGUGCGGUGGGGGUGGGCUGUUGCUUUGCAGCCCCUAUUGGAGGAGUGCUGUUUAGCAUUGAGGUCACAUCUACGUUCUUUGCCGUGAGGAACUACUGGAGAGGAUUCUUCGCUGCAACCUUCAGUGCCUUUAUCUUCAGGGUGCUGGCGGUGUGGAAUAAGGAUGAGGAGACAAUCACGGCUCUGUUCAAAACGCGCUUUCGGCUGGACUUUCCCUUUGAUCUGCAAGAGCUUCCAGCUUUUGCUGUGCUCGGGAUUGCCAGUGGUUUUGGGGGAGCGCUGUAUGUCUACCUGAACAGGAUCAUAGUAGAAUCUAUGCGAAAACAGAAAACCAUCAACAAGUUUUUGCUAAAAAAAAGACUAGUGUAUCCAGCAGUGGUCACUCUUCUUGUCUCUACGCUCACCUUUCCUCCUGGGUUUGGGCAGUUUAUGGCAGGCCAGCUGACUCAACAUGAGUCACUAGUGGCACUGUUUGACAACCAGACCUGGUACAAGCAAGGUGUUGCUGAGGAGUUUGCGUACUCAAGUCACGUACCUCAGGCCUGGAAGCACCCACAAGUCAGUGUGUUCAUCACACUCCUCCUCUUCAUUGUCAUGAAGUUCUGGAUGUCAGCUGUGGCCACAACAAUGCCUGUGCCUUGCGGGGCCUUCAUGCCGGUUUUCCUCAUUGGGGCUGCGUUCGGUCGGCUGGUGGGCGAGAGCAUGGCUGCCGUCUUUCCCGAAGGGAUACACGCCGACAGCACUGUAUAUCCCAUAGUUCCCGGCGGAUACGCAGUUGUAGGGGCGGCGGCUCUUUCUGGCGCAGUCACUCACACCGUGUCCACCGCCGUCAUUGUGUUCGAGCUGACCGGCCAAAUCUCGCACAUCCUGCCCGUGAUGAUCGCUGUGAUAUUAGCCAAUGCCGUGGCUCAGAGUCUGCAGCCUUCCCUCUAUGAUUCCAUCAUCCGGAUCCAGAAACUUCCCUACCUGCCAGAGCUGGGCUGGGGACAGGAGAAAUAUAAUAUCCGUGUGGAGGACAUAAUGGUGAGAGACGUGCGGUUUAUCACUCUCUCCUCAUCUUACCGGGAUCUGCAGGAAGCUCUCAUAACAGGCCAGCUUAAAACCCUGGCCUUGGUGGAGUCCAAAGAGUCCAUGAUCCUGCUGGGCUCUAUGGAGCGCUCCCAGCUGCAGUCCCUGCUCUCGCAGCAGCUCAGCCGAGCUCGAAGGCUGGAGUACUUGAGAGACCGUGCUCAGGACAAUGGCACCCAUGUGCCAACCUUCCCCCAAGACUCUCCCCCAAGGACCGGCCGUGGCGUACGCUUCCUGAUCUCCACUGAAGAGUCCUCCUACAGCCCCACACUGACUAACUCCCAGAUCCCCCUCAAGUCUGCUCUGAAGACGGUGUCUGCAAUCAGCAACACAGAGUCACUGAACAGCUCUCCAAACCUCUCCUCUGGGGAACCUGUGAAGGAGCUAGUAGAGAGCAAUGCUGGCCCCAUGGCUCCUAAGAGGAGCAGGAGGCCCAAGCGUGUGAAGAUACCCAUGGCGGAUACACCUGAUGUUGAAGAUGAUAUGUCAACAGCAGAGAUAGCAGAGUGGGAGGAGCAACAGUUGGAUGAGGCUGUUAAUUUCAACAACUGUAAAAUAGACCCGGCCCCCUUUCAGCUGGUGGAACGGACAUCUUUGCAUAAGACACACACUAUUUUCUCACUACUUGGCCUGGAUCAUGCCUAUGUCACCAGCACCGGACGUCUAGUAGGAGUGGUCUCUCUAAAAGAGCUUCGCAAGGCCAUCGAGGGCUCUGUAACGGUGACCGGCGUGAAAGUCCGUCCCCCGCUGGCCAGCUUCCGGGACAGCGGCAACAGCAGCAGCGUCUCAGAGGUCACCGAGCUCCACAAGCUCUGGAGUCGUCACAGGAGCCUGUCUCUCCCACGGGAACCUAACCUCCCCGACCUAGACGACCAAACGGAGCAGCCGUCCGAGGGCAGCCUGGUGAACGAGACCGAGUGCACGGAGCUGUCCAGCCAGAACAGCCCGUUACACACAGACGACCAAUCAGAGCUGCCCUACGCUGACGCCACGCCCCAAGAGGAGCUCCCCUGUGACUGUACCCACCCUCUAGAGGACGGAGGCUCGGAGGCCGUCGACGAGCAGAGCCCAGCUCCGAUGGAGGAAGCGGUGAGCGAGGGAAGCCCCUCGCCCUCGGAGGGUCAGCCGGAAUGACAGCCGCUUGCGGUCGGUAACGCACACUCCAUUUACACCAUAAACGGGAUUGUGAAGUCAGGUUGAGGAGAACCUGGAGGAAGUCUUUAAGCAGUGAAGCACACUCUCUGCUCCGUACUAAUCAAACCAACCCUAAUCUCUGGUCCUGCCUUCACACGAAGCACGCCGUGUGUGGGAUGUCAUAGAUACGCGCUGCAGUGUGAGUGCCGUGUGGCUUCGGAUGGGCUCGUGAGCGAUCGUCUGCGUGUUCCUCAUCAGUUUGGGUGUCUGUCGAUUUGUGGCUUCGUAGCGCGUUUCGCUGUUGAUUUACGUCGAUGAGAUUCAUUUAAAGAAGUUUAUGUUAGACGAUGUCGGCGGGUUUUCAUCAUAAAACGUGUCUGUUCGUUGAUUUGUGGCACGCUUGUGUGUGUUUCUUCGUCUUUGCGCAAGCGACAGAGUGCGUAAGAAAAGCAGAGUGUGUGUGUUGCGAGAGUGACUCAGCUGCACCUAGCCAACGCACCCAUCUGGUGCCGACACUUUAAAUCCAAAUAAAAUUGUCUCUGAGAGCCAAACUACAAUUUUGCUCUAAAUAUAGCCCUUAAUAACCCACACUGCAAGGAAACACGGAGGGAGAGAGCGGGGGAAAGAAAGGGAACGGGUGGGCAAAAGAGGACGGAGAAGACAUGGAGAGAACAAGGACGUGAUGCAAAAUGAGCGAAAGACAGGAAGGACACAGAGUGGUGGAAAGGCAGGAGAAUGAAUGGGAGAGCGGGGUAAAUUGUGCCACUUUUUAUUUAGACUGUCAAGCAGGCACUAAGAAGCAAGUCAUGAGGGAAGUGAAUGUGCUUGAUUUAUAUUUCAGAACAGAUCAAUCAGGUAAAUUAUGGACAUUUAAUGAACAUUUAUCUUUUUUGAUGCUCAGUAUUCACACAAAAUCCAGUGUCUUUGCAUGUACAUUUUAUCAUUUUUAUUGUUUUCCCUGCAUUUUGAUUUGCAUUUGACACACUUUUGGGGAAAAGCAAAAUAUCAGUUUCCAAUUCCUUGCUAAAAAGUAUUAUAUUUAUGAUGUGAUUUAACAAUUCAUAGCAUGUUCUCGUUUUCCAGGCUGGCAAUAGAACAAAAUGUGUAAUAAAUAUUUUUAGACAUGGAUACAUUUUUUUUUUUUUUUUUAGUUUACUUUGACAUGCCUUUUUUUGACAAAAUUGACAUCACAGGCAGUGGUCAUUUGGACAAAAAUCAUCCAGUUUGCUAGAUUACAGGGAUGGCAUAUCUUACCCCACUCUCCCCUACAAAACCAACAGCGACUCACACAGAGGAGUUUCCAACCAGGGUAGUUUCGAAGCACAUUGUAAUUACCAUUCAAACAAAACACAGCAAUACACGGGCGUUUUCCAUACUGACAGCAUCAGAAAAAAAACUCCUUCAACAAAGCAUCGAGCACACGGUUUGGAUAGUGUUGCCUGUAAUUACGAGUAAUGAUAUCCCACAAUAUGUAGGCACGUUAAGCAUGCUCAGAUCUGUAUCAGGACCAGUUUGUAGCAUAAUUGCCUGGCCAUGUAAAAUGUAUUAAAGCAUCUUCUCGAGAAGUCCGAAAUACUCAGAGAGACUGUGGAGAAACGGAGCCUCUUAAAUUCUUAAUUAUAUGCAUGAACCCCGAUGCAAUCAUUUGCAUGCUCACACACGCGCAUAAUACAACACGCAUCAAAUCGCUUUCCAGCCAGCUUUAAUUGACUGCAUAGGCCUGUUUCGCGUUACCUCAUCGGGUUUACUCUCAUGGCCUUUUUGCUUUUUCAAGGCCAGAUUUGUUCAGAAAUCCAGAGCGCAAUUCUCUUCCGCACAUGCUCACGAUGCGUCAGAGAUUUCGACGGCGGUGUAGAUUGAGGGAUGUUUUUCGACGGCGUUAGAACCAGCCUUUGUAUAAAUACCAUUGCAGGGAGUUUGUGUGGUCACUGUGCAGAUCUCACCCAGCAAUCAUCGAAGUAUUCAAAUGUAAUUCAUUACAACGAUGGAUAUUCUGUGUACACGCGGUCGCGUCUUAUCCGAAUUGUUUUGCAUAUGCGCAAAGCUUUCUACGUUCGAUUUUUGAGCUGCCAACCGUGCAAUAAUGUCGUUUUAGAAUUACUGCUUGCCGAAUAGGGUUAUUUUACUGAACGCUGGCUCUAUUUCUACAGUGCAUAUAAUAUCGGAACUGUUUGCAAUAAUGCACAUCUUGAACGCAGGUAAAUGCCUUCGGAUUUCGUUUUCACAACUUGUAAAGUGUUUACUGGACCUCGCCGGUGGAGUUUUCACUAGCAUCAGCCUGAGAACGAUGCCUAACGUUCUGUUUGCAUCGAAACUGUGGCUGAACGACGCUAUGCAGUAUGGUCAAGAACAGCACAACUACCCCAGACACAGCCUAAGCAGAGCUAAACGGAGAAUGAGUUACGUUUCUUUUUCUUGUGCACUGCAGAAAUGGGAGGCUACGGGUUUGAUUUAAACGGAUCAAGGCAAGUGGACCAAAACCAUAACCAUGACACCGACUUCCUGACACAGCCUUUUCUCAUUCUCUCAGAAACGUCUGCUGUGGGCCCCCGAGAGCUAAACGUUUCCUCGCCAUUUAUCCGGCUGCACUAAUCAGCUGUUUUAUUAACGUCCGUUAUCCUGACGUGGGACAGGAGUAACUUAAGCUAAUAACGAUCUUUAGAUAUGUUGUGUCACGUUUUGUCUCUGUUUGCCGCUUGUGCAGUUUAAGUCAAGCCCCACGGUGUGUAAAGUGUCUGCUAUUAUGCCGCACAUUCAGUGUAGAGUUAAGCAAUAAGUCUGCUCCCAUAUCCGUAAAUGGUUUUUAUAAAUCAUUUGCUUGUACAGAAUACAGGGUAAAGCGGUAUGUAUAUGAACUCUACUCACAUACCCUGUACAUAUAGAGAUAAGCAUAUUGAAUCAGCUGUUACCAUUAUUUUUCAGAAAACAUGAAAUUGUUUUGUACAUCAGUAAAUAUUAAAUUUCAACUUUAAAGCU